AUGUCCUCGCGACGUUGGAAGCAUUUCCGGUUCGAUCGAAUGUGUAACCGAAUGCGAACCCUAGGAGAGACUCAAGGCACUAAACCAUGGUACAGUGGUUUGCUUCAACAAGCCUCUCUCUACGGUGUAGCUACAGGUUACUGCAUCUCAGCUUCUCUCCUCUCAAUCAUCAACAAAUGGGCAAUCAUGAAGUUCCCUUACCCUGGUGCACUAACAGCUCUACAAUACCUCACAAGCACGAUCGGUGUCUUGCUCUGCUCCCAGCUAAACCUCAUCCAGCACGAUCCUCUCAAACUCUCAACCAUGUGGAGGUUUCUCCCCGCAGCGAUCAUGUUCUACUUGUCACUCUUCACCAACAGCGAGCUUCUCCUCCACUCUAACGUCGACACUUUCAUAGUUUUCCGCUCAGCUGUUCCGGUUUUCGUCGCCGUCGGAGAGACUCUUUUCUUGAACCAGCCUUGGCCGUUGCUUAAAACAUGGAUCUCUCUUGCCACCAUCCUCGGAGGAAGCUUGGUUUAUGUUCUCACUGAUUAUCAGUUUACGGUUACAGCUUAUAGCUGGGCUGUUGCGUAUCUUGUGAGCAUGUCUAUAGAUUUUGUGUACAUCAAGCACGUGGUUACGACCAUCGGGUUAAACACUUGGGGUCUUGUGCUUUACAAUAACCUCGAGGCUCUUCUCUUGUUCCCUCUUGAGUUGUUUGUUAUGGGAGAGUUUUCGAAACUAAGGCGUGAGGUUGCUGAUAAACCGGAUUGGUUUAGUUUGUCGGUGGUUUUGCCUGUUGGUUUGUCUUGUCUGUUCGGUUUGGCUAUCUCUUUCUUCGGUUUCUCGUGUCGCCGAGGGAUUUCAGCAACCGGGUUUACGGUUCUUGGUACAGUGAACAAACUGUUAACCGUUGCGAUCAAUUUGGUUAUAUGGGAUAAACACUCGUCUUUUGUUGGAACGUUAGGGCUUUUGAUAUGUAUGUUUGGUGGAGUCAUGUAUCAGCAGUCCACGAGCAAGAAGAAACCUAAAGUUGUGGAAGAAGACGUGGAACAGAAGAAACUGCUAGAGAUCGAGGAAGCUCAGAAACUAUGA